AUGCAGAGCAAGUCGCCGAAUGAUGGUCUAAAAGGGAACGAAGCAGCCAGUGCGGAAGAGCAAAUGAAGAAGAAAACCCAAAAAGAGCUGGAACAAAUGGCUAUUGUGAAUCGUGCAUUUUCCGCCGAAUCCUCCGAAGACCCACCACCACUCUCUCAAAAACCAUCCGAAUCCACACUGGCCGCGUUGAAUAGUCAACUGAAGUCGGUGCCACUGGUGAAGGCGUUCAAUUCGGCGGAGAAUAAGUUGGAUCAGAAUAAGAAGUGA